GACCUCACGAGCUCCCAGUCCGAGCAGUGCCUCCCGAAGCUCGCCAGUAUAUUGGAUGACUUGAUCUUCGGCGCAUCGGAGCUCGGGGACCUCGCAAUCGGGGACAUUCCACACUCCGAUCGGCUGCUCAUGAAGCUGCUGUGGCUCGCUUUGUGCACGACUGCGCUCGAGGCUUUUGAGGAGGAGGCUGCACCGAACGAUGGGGCCGUAUUCGUGACGAGCUACCUGCCGGACCGCGUCAAGGACGGCCAGAGUGCUACCGCCGUCGACCUGGGUCCCCUCGGCUGGAAGGCCGGGAACGCGAUGCACAGCGGGUACAUCACGGUCGAUGAAGAGAAGAAGAAAAACACGUUCUUUUGGUUGUCCACCGCUCUCGACGGCAACUCGUCCGCGCCGCUCCUGCUGUGGCUCCAGGGCGGUCCUGGGGCGUCCUCCCUCUUCGGCAUGUUUACCGAGAUUGGCCCGUUCGGCAUUGCGCCAGGUGGCACGAUCGAGCCACGGGCUGUGCACUGGAAUCAGCACUACCACCUGCUGUUCCUGGACAAUCCAGUCGGCACUGGCUUCAGCUUCACCGAGACAGAGGAGGGCUUCGUCUCCAGGCACGAGCAGGCGGGCGAGGAUCUCCAGGAGGCGCUGUCUCAGUUUUUCCAGCUGUUCCCCCAAUUUCGCGAGAACCAUUUGUACGUGACGGGGGAGUCGUACGCUGGCAAGUGGGUUCCGUCCUGCGCGUACGCUAUUCACGAGAAGAAUAAGGUUGCUUUCCAAGAGGAGCGCAUUAACCUGAAGGGCAUCGCCAUCGGCGAUGGUGCGAUGAACCCUGCAGUGCAGUUCAAGGGCUUCGGCGACCUGCUCUGGUUCAAUGGAAUGGUGGACGAGGUCGAGAAAGCGCAGUUUCAGGCAUACGAGGCGCGCAUCCAGGAAGCGCUGAAGACCAGUGACACGGUUGGAGCCUUUGAGAUCUUCGAUGAGAUGUUGAAUGGGGAUUUCUACCCAUACCCUACCUACUAUGCGAAUGUGACAGGCAUGGGAUCUAAUUAUUUUAAUUUCGAGCUGUCUCCAGAUGCUACUCCUUUGGGGGGUGAUUUCGUCAAGUGGCUUAACCAAGAUGCGGUAAAAGCAAGGAUCCACGUUGGGAGUCGCAAAUACGCGCCAGAGAACAACACCGUGGAGGCGCACCUCAAGCCCGACUGGAUGCGGGACGUCCUUGCUGAGCUCGUGCCGAUUAUGGAGAACUAUAAGGUCAUGAUCUAUAGUGGGCAGAACGAUAUCAUCUUGGGCCCGACCCUCACAGAGAAUUUCCUCAGAGGGCUGGAGUGGAGUGGCCAGGAGGAGUACAGCCGUGCCCAGAAGACCGUGUGGCGCAGGUCGAGCAAGGGCCCUGGCAGCCAGCUCCCCGACGUGGCCGGGUACGCCCGUCAGGUCGGCCAGUUCUCUCAGGUAGUCGUGCGCGGAGGAGGACACAUGGUCCCGGGAGACCAGCCGGAGCGAGCACUUGAUAUGCUUGAGCGCUUUGUGAGCGGCGCCGGCUUCGGGGACCCAGUGCCGGAUGCUCCCCAGGCGGGCCCGCCGCUCGUGGUCUGA